CGUCAACUAGCAAAUACAUAGUCUGUCAAUGAUAAAGAAAAUUGCUCAAGUUUUUAGAUCAUUUAGUUUAUUUUAAUCAUAACUAAUUACUACAUUACUAAUUUGUUUUAUCUACUUCGUGACAAAAUAAGUGAAUUUAUACACAGCUGGACUGUGUAAAAUUUUUGUGUCUACAUAGAAAUAGAAAGUUUCAAUUAUUUGUGGGCCAAUACUAAAAACGAACAAAAUGCAGCUCAACUCAGAUCCACGACGUGCUGAUAGAGAACGUCGUUACAAGCCACCACCACCUACAUCAGCUCCAGCUGAAGAUCUUACAACUGACUAUAUGAACAUUCUUGGUAUGGUGUUUUCUAUGUGUGGACUUAUGAUGCGUCUUAAAUGGUGCGCUUGGACAGCUGUAUUUUGCUCUAGUAUCAGUUUUGCUAAUUCAAGAGUAUCAGAUGAUACAAAACAGAUUGUGAGCUCCUUCAUGCUGUCAAUAUCAGCUGUAGUCAUGUCAUACCUUCAAAAUCCUGCACCAAUGUCUCCGCCAUGGGCUGCUCUCACAACAUAGAAUAACAAUAUCCAUAUUGAAUCGGUUUUUUCUAAAUUAUUAACUAUUGUUAUACAACAAAUUUCUUUCAUUUAA